ACGUGUGCACGCACGUACGUGUGCAGAGACGUGUGGUUGUCCAGCAACAGUCACAUGACAAACAGCAAUUUGCAACUCUGAACCACAGAGAGAGUUUGUUUUACUAUUCUGCCUGUUCCAGUUAUUUAACUGAUGGCAGAUGUCCUCACUAAGGGCGCUUAGCACAUCAGGGUAUGUUUGCUGAGCCUGGAAAGGGCUAACCCCCUUUUGGACAUUGACCAAAAUACAUAAUAUAGGGUGGCUAACCCCUCCUCUUGGUGACAGCAGUAGGGGUGGGGAGAACAAGGGGGCUCGGGGUCCCCUUAGAACUGUACCGAGAAGUCUUCAGCACAAGUUUGUGUUUCAAUCAAGGAAUUCCGUAAGCCGAGAAUGUAAAACCGUAAAGAGGGAUUUGGCUGCAUGUUGAAAUACUGUUGUUGUUACUCAGAAUUAGAUGUUUCUUGAUUUUUCUUGACUGCUCUGGAACCAUAUGGCAGACGAGGGGAUGGCUGGUUUGUGUGGACCAUUGACAGCUCCCAAGAAAGAGACGAGCGGGGGAGUGAGUGGAAGAAGAGAACAGGGCUGGGCGGUUUGAAGGCGGCCAGUGCUGGACCGGUAGAAGCAUCCCAGGAGGGAGAGGAGGACCCUUGGUGAGAGGUGUAAGAUAGCAGGCCAUCCUGAAAAGUCGCUUGGGCCCAGAGUUUGCCUUGGCAGACCUUUACCGUUGCUCUGAUUCACUUCCAAGUCCCAGAGGGCUCUUGGUUUAUUAAUAUUUGUGUUAUCUACAGAGCCAGGUCCAUAGCAUCGUAGCAUAACAAGCUAACAAGCGGGCUGAUUAACCCAGGAGAGACAUCGAUUGAUAUCUGGGGAUGCCUCCCUGCCUAGGUUAGUCUACUUUCAUAUUUUUCACUUCCAUGCUAUUAACUCCUGGUGUAGACUUGGCUAAAGUUUUCCCUAAGAGGGCAAUAUGUGUGUAAAGGUCUUCCCAAACCCGGCUGCUAAAUGAUUAACAGUGACUUGGACGGCUGAGGAAGGUCAGACUUAAACCUUUAUUUUAUAGGUAAGAGGCCAAGAUGCAAGUGGAGAAGAGAAUUUUCAAGGAAUGAAAAUGCACGGGGAAAUGGAAAUGUAGACUUUCCGAUCAGGAACUGUUGUUUUCUAUCAAACUUCACUAACAUGGAGGGAAAAAUACCAGUUAGAUGAAAAGCAACUCACGUGUUUUAUCUUGAGAGAUCCCACUCCUACUGGAAUAAUGGCUGGAUCGUGACUUUUGACACCAGACAGACUCAAGUUCAAACCUAAGGCUGCCCGUUCCUAGUUGUGUAGCCUCAGCAACCUAAUCUGUCCCAGGCACGGUCACCGCAUCAGAAAUAAAAGACCAUAUGUUUAUCUCCAGUCGUGUUGAGGAUUAAAUUAGAUACAAUUUAUGAAAGCUAGUGCCUGUUAGGCACUUAAUAAAGGCAGUUUCUCUUCCUUCUUUCUCUUCUGCUUUUAAAAAUUAAGAUUUGGGAGGACUAUAAAUAAAACAAAUAAUAAAAUGUAUUUCAGUUGUGGAAUUCUGGUCGGUAGAGCGAAGGCAGACAUGUGGGAACCCGCCGGAAGGGGGCAGGUUCACCAACUUGAUGCGAAUCCAGCAGGCUUUGGAACGUGCAGGCUCGCAAACAAAAUUGAAAGUAAAAAGUUAUUCUUUAAAUUAAAACGAAAAAAGAGAAAAAGGCUUACAAAAACAUAGGAUUUGUUCAUCAAACAUUUCAGGCGCCAUUUGAAGACUGGGAACCCAGGAAUUUUGGAAAUACUACCCUUUUUUCAUUUUCAGUGGUAGAAACCCCAAACUUCCUGCUCUGGAAGGUGGGGGUGGCCACCGGGUUUUUUUGUUUUUUUUUUUCUUUCUUUUUGCCAAGAAAAGCAGCCUCUUUCUCUGGGUUGAUGCUGCCCUCUGAUGUCUCUAUGUGGCAUUGCGGCUUCACCUCUAGACCCUGUCGGAUCAAUUAAACUGAGAGUGAGAGGUUCUCGAUCCUAGCCUGAGGCUGCAAGGACAAAGGUAGGUAGGUGCCUGAGUUUUUAAAAACAGUUUAUUUUAAUAGCUUGGGUACAUAUUUUUUUGCGGUGGUAAAGAAUCUACUUCUUAACGUUUCUCUUUUUAUUGUUGUAAUGAUGCCUUCUGAGUCAUUCUUGGAUGUAAUGUCACCAGACACCUAGAUAGGAACUCCGUCUGCAGGCCAGGCUCCUCCCUCUUCCUGAUCUUUGCUUUGCUUUCUAGGGAACUCACGGUAGAUCUCCGUGCUGUUAGACGCUAGCCUUUGAGGCUAUGGGUAAAACACUCAGGAAAACCCGUUGCUCAAUAUUUGCAACUUUGUUAUUAUCCGGUUCAAUUCUUUUUGCCAUUCCUGCUCUGUAACUGUGGAGAUGUUCGCUCGCAUACCUUGCUGGGAUGGUUCAGGAGGAGGCCAGGAUUGGCGAGACGGGGAGGUGGUGUGGGACCGAGACAAAGCCUUUUGGAUGAGGGUAAAAGGUACAGAAGGUUUAUAGAACUGUCCAAAGACAGUUUGAGCUGGGAGCCGUGUUGACAGGUGUCCUCUUGAGGUGACUGUGACAGGACUGUGGGCGGGGGGCAGGCAGAAUGUCGGCACACAGUCUCUCGGCAGACCGGGCGGCCGGGAAGCCAGUGUUGGUGUGGAAAGCCCGGUGUUGCCUGCCUGCCCUGGCGCCACAGCCCCUGGGGUGCUCUGUGCCCACGUCCGAUCCUCAGCGCAGUAUUGACUGAGUGAGUGAACGGGAGCAAACAGAGCACCUGGAACAGCAGAGGUUGGGGCCGAGCAGCCGUGCUCUGCAGGAGGAGGGCAGCAGGAGUUUGCAAAGUGCUGGGCCCGUUCUUCCCUUCCCACCCGCAGACCCGGGCCCGGGAGCAGGGGCAGCUUGGUCCCCCGGCGGGAUCCACAUCGAGAGCCCUGUUCAGGCUCUGGCACCAACUCCCUUAGUCACUGUGAACAGGACACUUAGGCUCUCAGCAUUAGUUUCUUCACGUGUAAAAUAAGUGUGUCGUGGUUCGUUUCCAUGGCUUUGAAGCCAGCUGACCUUGAGAAUCUGUGUGUGUCCAACAAAUGUGCUCCGGCUCUGACCCGGCAAGGUCACGUCCAGGAAGUUCACCCAGGGAAGCCGUCAGCGACACAUGUGCGCAGAGAGAGCAGCAGCAUGGCCAGCGUGCUGUCCCGGCGCCUUGGGAAGCGGUCCCUCCUGGGAGCCCGGGUGUUGGGACCCAGUGUCCCAGACGGACCGUCAGGGCCCGCCCCACCCCUGGAGCCGCUGCUGGAGGGGGCCGCUCCCCAGCCCUUCCUGGCCUCCGAGGACACCUCCUGCCAGGAGCAGCCCAAGGAGGUCCUCAAGGCUCCUGGCACCGCAGGCCUCCAGCAGGUGGCCUUUCAGCCCGGGCAGAAGGUUUACGUGUGGCACGCGGGUCAGGAGUGCGCAGGGCUGGUGGAGCAGCACAGCUGGGCAGAGGACCAGGUGACCGUCUGGCUGCUGGACCAGAAGUUACAGAUCUGCUGCAAAGCGGAGGAAGUGUGGCUGGCAGAGCUGCAGGGCCCCGUCCCCCAGGUGGCAGCCCUGGAGCACGGAGCCCAGGCCCUGGCCUACAGGCCUGUCUCCAGGAACAUCGACGUCCCAAAGAGGAAGUCAGAUGCAGUGGAAAUGGACGAGAUGAUGGCGGCCAUGGUGCUGACGUCCCUGUCCUGCAGCCCCGUCGUGCAGAGUCCUCCUGGGGCCGAGGUCACCUUCUCUGCUUCCCGCGCAGCCUGCGACCCGUGGAAGGAGAGCGGCGACGUGUCAGACAGCGGCAGCAGCACCACCAGCGGGCACUGGAGCGGGAGCAGCGGCAUCUCCACCCCCUCGCCCCCCCACCCCCAGGCCAGCCCCAAGUAUCUGGGGGACGCCUUUGGUUCUCCUCAAACUGAUCAUGGCUUUGAGACCGAUCCUGACCCUUUCCUGUUGGAUGAACCAGCUCCGAGAAAAAGAAAGAACUCCGUGAAGGUGAUGUACAAGUGCCUGUGGCCAAACUGUGGCAAGGUUCUGCGUUCCAUCGUGGGCAUCAAGCGACACGUCAAAGGCCUCCACCUGGGGGACACCGUGGACUCUGACCAGUUCAAGCGGGAGGAGGACUUCUACUACACAGAGGUGCAGAUGAAGGAGGAGUCUGCUGCUGCUGCUGCCGCGGGCACCCCUGCCCCGCGGACUCCCUCCGCUGAGCUGGCCCCCGCCCCCAGCGUGACCGGCCUGCCCCUUGCCGCUCUUCCACCUCCGCCCAAAGCCCAGCCCUCCGGCCCAGAACACCCCGGCCUGGAGUCUUCUCUGCCCUCGGGUGCCCUCAGCAAGUCAGCUCCAGGGUCCUUCUGGCACAUUCAGGCUGACCAUGCGUACCAGGCUCUGCCCUCCUUCCAGAUCCCCGUCUCGCCGCACAUCUACACCAGUGUCAGCUGGGCUCCCGCCCCCUCCACCGCCUGCUCCCUCUCUCCGGUCCGGAGCCGGUCACUGAGCUUCAGCGAGCCCCAGCAGCUGCCACCUGCAGUGAAAUCUCACCUGAUCGUCACCUCUCCACCCCGGGCCCCGAGCAGCGCCAGGAAAGCCCGAGGGGAGGCGAAGAAGUGCCGCAAGGUGUACGGCAUCGAGCACCGGGACCAGUGGUGCACGGCCUGCCGGUGGAAGAAGGCCUGCCAGCGGUUCCUGGACUGACCGGCCCGCCGGCCCUGCUCCCGCCCCCGCCCCGUCGGCAGCCAGCAGACAAAAGGUGUCACCAGCCCUCAGCAGGAACCGGAAGGAUAAAGAGUGGAAAUGCAGAGUUUGGGCUCUAUUGGCGAAGGUGUAACGCUUAAAGCAUUUUUUCCCCUUUGUGGGAACAUUUUAUUUUUUAAAAAAAAGAAACAGAAAUAUUUCCCCCCCCCAAACUAGGAGAGAGCCAGAACUGACCAAGGGUAUUCAGCAGUGAACCAGAGACCAAAGAAUUAACGACCCUCCCUCCCUGCGUCUCCUCUCGAGGGGAUUAGUUUGUACACAUCAAAAGAAGGAACAGCUCGUUCUGUUUCCUGCUGAGUUGGUGAAUUCUUUGCUUUCUCAACUCUUUCCAGAAAGGACUGUGAGCAAGAUGAAUUUACUUUUCUUUAAAAAAAAAAAAAAAGUCUCUGGCUGGCGGGUGACUCAGAGGCAGGACUCUGGACUGGCGGGAAGGUGGCUGUCGCGUGUCUCAGGGUCCGCCGCCUCUGCCCGCCCGGGCAGCCCCCCUGGAAGUUAAAGGAAAGGCCUUUCUGGGCAGCAACUCUUUGAAUCUGGGCGCCCUUAGACAUUGGGCUGCAUCCCAACAAAUGUCGUAUGGCUUCUUCUCAAAGCCCAGACUAAUAGAUUUUUAAAGACUAUCCCCAAACAGCUGAGCCAAAAGGCUAAGAAGAAUUCACUUUUUAAAAUGUGGCAGUUAAACACUACCGUGAUGCUUCUCCUCUUUCCUCGAGGGGUCCCAGGGGGUCUCAGUGUCUUUAGAAACUCUCUGCUCUUCCCCAGAUUAACUCCCUCCUGACGUCUCUUCCCUGCGUUAUGGAAACCUCUGGAACACGCUGUGUUCUGUACGGUGUAUUUGGAAGCCUUCGCUGAUGAAAGUUUCCUUUUAUUUGGCGGCCAGGGGAGACCCCAGUAGGCUGCUGGUAGGUUCCUGUUUGUCUUCUGGCUUCAGCAGGGAUUUCCCCAUUUCCGUUUCCUGCCUGGAGGCAGAUGGGGAAGGCCAGGGAAGAGCCCUCGAGGGAGUGAGGUUCGGGCAGAGGAAACCGCGGAGGGAGACGUGGGGUUGGAUUGGCGGCUCCCGGUGGCUCUGCCCUUGGUGUUUCCUGAGGACACAGGCGUUUAGGGGGCACGGAACUGGGCUGGGUUGAGGUCAGUGAGGAAUACAGGAGGGAGGCCCGGGGGAGUCCAGUGCCAGGCCAGCUGCAAUGCACACGGACCGAGGGCCCAGCAGGACAUGUUCCUGUCCUGGCACCUCCCCUCUCUUCCGAGCAUCCCUCGGGGCCUGCUUGAACGUGACCACCGGGUGCCCAGCUGUCUUGGGCACAGGCCCUAGCCCUGCGUCCCAGAUGUCGGGCUCAGGGAGUCCCACCCAGCCACCUCUCCUAGCACUGAGCGGCAGCAUCCGCCCCUUGGGUUGUCAUCAAGGUUGCCCUCUCAGUGAAGACACCUGGCCACCGGGGCUCCGUUGGAUGCUUCACGUGGGCAGUAGACACGUGCUUUUCCACCCGAGACACACCGAGUGUUACCGAACCUGCAGACCUAACCAGCACCAGGGGCGUGAUGCUCGGAAGGGUCUAGUGCCCUGGGUUGGUGGCAGAAAGGACAGACAUCAUCAUGCCACAGGUGCUUUGGCGGUGAAGGUGUAUGCUGUUAUAACUUAGUAAAGAAACGUACGUGGAACUGUGUGUCUUGGUAGAGCUCAAAAGCAGACCUUGAGAACGAAGCGCUGGCCGCCGUCACGGCCCUUCCCGCCGCUCCUCACUUCGCGCUGCGUCCGUGUUCAGAUCCUGUCAUGAGGGGUGGGGUGUUCCUGACCCGUGGGGACCCUGCCCCCGAGGGUCUGCCGUCCCUCUUAACCAGAGCUCUUGCCGAGUCUCCCCUUUAGAAGAGCCGCGGGAGUCCCCUCCCUCAGUUUGCACCGUGCAGACGUACCUGGAUGUACAGACGUCUCCGUGUGAGCGGGGCUUCCCGGGCUGCCGGCACACAGGGCGGGAAAGGAAGAAAGAAGAGGAGGGUGGAACAGUCUAGAAACUGGGUUGGUUUUGUUUUUGUUCUGGGUCUUGGGUUUUGGUGCAGCCUUCCCUGCCUGCGUUUGCUCCCUGUCCCUUUUGGUGGGGGCGGCGUCCGCUGCCUUCCCCCCGCCCGCACCGUCUCUCUUGUCGCUGUUGUGUUGGUCCUUAGCACGUGCUCUGUCCCUGGGGUCGCUCCCUUUGUUUCUUCUCGGAGGGUGGGGGUGGUUCGUGCGCUGACCCGGGGAUCAGGCCUGUUUGCCUCAUCUCCGGUCUCCCUCCUUCCCGCGCCCGGGCAGCAGGAUCUGGUGGAAGGAAGAUGCCACCGAUGGGCUUCUGAAACUGACAGGACUGAUUUUCAAAGCAGUUGUCUUGGGAAACUGUUCGUCCCAGUGAUGUUACCUUUAUCCAGAGUAUUUCUCGAAGUUACCUUCAGAGCCUGUGGUGCUGUGUUCUGAACACCUUUAAGGACGCCAAGGCUGUACCCACGCUCCAUUAGCACAGAGUCCAGCGAGGAAUGUCUGUGGUCCAGGGAGGGCUCAGGUUGCAGAGCAAAAGGACCGUCAGGUAAAAUAGCCUGGAUUUAAUCAUGUGGCUUUAAAACUGGCUCUGAGAGCAAUUCUGUAAUUUCAGAGGGCGUGUCGAGCAACGGCUACGUUGCCGUAUGUAGGAAGUCUAUAGCGCGACUCCUCGGAGAACAGUGUGAAUUUGGACGUGGAAACUCUGAUUUGUUGGGAGAAGUCUGUCCUGUUACUUUCUGGUCAUCCCAGGUUCUGACUUUACCAGGGGCAAAAAAAAAAAAAAAAAAAAAAAGAAGGGAGAUAAAUCCCAUCUGUGAAUUUGUCUUAUUGGCGCCUUUCCCCCCAGCUGUCUUCCAAGUAUUAUUUUUACUGUUAAAAAAUUUUUUUAAAAAAUGUGAAAUGUAAUGUUUUUACAGCAACAAUAUGAAAUAUAUUUUAUAAAGAAUAAAAUGGUACCUUGUCUGAUUUAA